AUGGCCAACCUAGAGGUAUCUAUCACGCAUCUUCCUCAACCAAUACAUACUUUAUUUAUGAAAGGUAAAGAAAGUCGCAAAUCUGGCAAUCUUAAGGAAGCGAUGUUUUAUUAUGCACAAGUCUUAGAUAGGAUACAAGCAAUAUCAGAAAAUACUGUUGAUCUUGAUCGAUUUCGAAGUGAGGUUUACCUAGAUAUCAGUGCUAUAUAUUGGCAGCAGUGUAAAUGGAAGAAAGCUGAAGAAUUUAAUGAAAAUGCACUUAAAAUAGCUGAAAAGCUGGAAGAAAAAGAGAUAUUUGUCAAAUGUUUAGGAAGAAAAGGUGACAUUAAAUGGCAACAAAGUGACUAUGAUGGGGCACUGGUUAAUUAUACCAAGCUAUUAAAGAUAUAUCUAAGUUUAGAGAAGAAGGAUACCGAUAUCGCAAAUUUGUAUCAGGACAUAGGACAUGUUCAUUUUGCACAAGGUAGACUCAACGAGGCCUUGACACAGUAUGAAAAAUCGCUUAAAAUUCAAUUGUCAGUGCUUGACCACAAUCAUCCCGAUAUUGCCAGAUCAUAUAACUAUAUAGGGGAGGUAUAUUGCGAUCAGGGAAAGUACGAAAAAGCAAUUGAUGUGCAUGAUAAAUCACUCAAGAUUCGAUUAUCAGUCCUUGAUCAGAAUCAUAUCAAUGUUGCUGAAUCUUAUAACAAUAAGGGAAAUGUAUAUUUCAAACUGGGAAAGUACGAUGAUGCUCUAUCUAUUUACGAGAAAGGGCUCAAAAUUCAGUUAAAAGUUUUUGGUGACAAUCAUUUCGAUGUUGCCAACUCAUAUAGCAAUAUAGGAAUUGUCUAUGCUGCUCAAGGCAAUCUUGAAAAGGCUAUUCCUUUGUAUAAAAAGUCGCUCGAAAUUCGGUUAUCAGUCUUCGGUGACAGUCAUGCUGAUGUUGCUACAUCAUAUAAUCAUCUGGGAAAUGCCUAUUCUCAGCAAGCCAAGUACAAAGAAGCUAUUGAUAUGUAUAAGAAAUCACUCAAAAUUCGAUUAAAGAUUUUUGGUCCCAAUCAUCUUUCUGUUGCCAACUGUUAUAAUUACAUAGGAAAUGCCUAUUACUUUCAGGGCGAGUAUGAAGAAGCUUUAUCUAUGUAUGACAAAUCUCGUAAAAUUAAAUUAUUAGUUCUUGAUCACAAUCAUCCCGAGGUUGCGGACUUAUGUGAUAAUAUCGGACUUAUCUAUCGUGAACAAGGUGAACUUGAAGAAAGUAUUCUUACGCAUAAGAAAUGUCUUAAAAUGCGAUUAUCGGUCCUUGGUUCCAAUCAUCCUGAUAUUGGUAAAUCGUACAACAACAUCGGCUCUGUCUAUUUUUGUCAAGGUAAAUAUGAUGAGGCUAUUUCUAACUUCAAGGAGUCUCUCAAAAUUCUAUUAUCGGUCUUGGGUGAUAGUCAUCAUCUUGUUGGUAAUUUAUAUAACAAUAUAGGAAAUGUCUAUGAUAAACAGGCUAAAUAUGAAGAGGCCAUUUCUAUGUAUAAGAAAUCACUCAAAAUUCGAUUGUCGACUCUUGGUUGCAAGCAUCCUUUUGUUGCUGGGUCAUAUGGGAAUCUAGGAAAUUGUUAUUCUCAGCAGGGUAGACACGAAGACGCUAUUUCUAUGUAUCAGAAAUCACUCGACAUUCAAUCACAUAUCCUUGGUAGUAGUCAUCCCGGCGUUGCCAAGUUGUACGCCAACCUAGGAAAUGUCUAUAGCAGUCUGGGCAAGUAUAAAGAAGCUCUUUCUAUGUAUAAUGAUUCGCUCAAAAUUCAAUUAUCAGUCCUUGGUCAUAAUCAUCCUGGUGUUGCUACAUUACAUGACUGUCUGGGAACAGUUUAUUCUAAGCAGGGAAAUCAUGAGGAGGCUCUUUCUGCGUACAAUAAGUCACUCAAAAUUCGGUUGUCAGCCUUUGGACAUAAUCACCCCGAUAUUGCCGCUUUAUAUAUCAACAUGGGCAAUGUCUAUAGAAAUCAAGGCAAACGUGAAGAGGCUAUUUGUAUGUAUAAGAAAGUAAUCGAAAUGCAAUCAUCAGUUCUUGAUCAAAACAAUCUCCUUACAGCCGAAGCACUUACCAAUCUGGGAAUUGUCUAUACUGAUCAAGGCAAUCAUUCAGAGGCUGCUUGUGCUUUUGAGAAGUCGCUCACAAUUACACAAUCAGCCCUUGGUCAUUAUCAUCCUGAUGUUGCUAUAAUAUAUGACAAUUUUGGAACUCUCUAUGGGUGUGAAGGUAAGUAUAUCGAUGCUCUUUCCAUGUACGAGAAGUCAGAAGAAAUUAAAUUAUCAAGUCUUGGACGUGAUCAUCCCGAUUUGGCCAAAUUAUAUAACAACAUGGGCGUUGUUUAUAGGGAUCAGGGUAGUUACGAAGAGGCUUUUUCUAAAUUUAACGAAUCACUUAAUAUUCAAUUGGCAGUCUUUGGUAACAAUCAUCCCGAUGUUGCUACUUCAUACAGUAAUCUAGGAACUCUUUUUAAUUACCAGGCAAAGUACAAAAAGGCCAUUUCUAUGCAUAAAAAGUCACUUGAAAUCAAUUUAUCUAUCUCUAAUCACGAUAUCUCACAGAUUGCAGCCUCUUAUAGCGCUCUAGGAAAUGAUUACUCUAAACUGGCUAAUUAUCAUGAGGCUCUUUCUAUGUAUAAGAAAUCGCAAAAGCUACUGUCAGUUUUUAAUCAUAAUCAUCCCAGUGUUGCUAAAUUAUAUCUCGAUAUGGGAACUGUCUAUAGUAAUCAGGGUAAGUAUGACGAGGCUUUAGCUAUGUUUCAAAAGUCCCUUAAAUUAUCGUUAGCCCUCGACUACAAUCAUUCCAGUAUUGGCAGCUCAUAUGGCCAGCUAGGAAAAGUUUAUCAUCAGCAAGGCAAGUAUGAAGAGGCUAUUACUAUGCAUAAAAAGUCACUCGAAAUUGAAUCAUCAGUCCUUGAUCAUAAUCACGGCAAUACGGAUAUUGCUGCAUCAUUUGGAAACUUAGGAAGUGUCUAUUUACAGCUAGGCAAUUAUGAAAAGGCUCUUUCUUUGUAUGAAAGGUCACUCAGUAUUCACUUAUCGGUUUUUGGUUGUAAUCACCCCGAUGUUGCCAAAUCGUAUAUCAACAUAGGAAAUGUUUAUAAGCUUCAGAUCAAGUAUGCAAAGGCUAUCGAUAUGUACGAGAAGUCACUCAAAAUUCAAUCAUCAGUCUUUGAAAUGGAUCAUCCCGAUCUUGUUCUGUCAUAUAGCAAUCUAGGAUCUGUCUAUCAUAAUCAAGGCGAGCAAGAUAAAGCUAUUUGUAUGUACCAGAAAUCACUUAAAAUUCAGUUGGCAGUUUUAGAUCAUAAUCAUCCCGAUAUCGCCAAAUCAUAUGACUGCAUCGGAAAUAGCUAUAGAAUUCAGGGCAAGUAUGACGACGCCCUUUCUUCAUGCGAAAAAUCCUAUAGAAUUCGGUUGUCAGUUCUUGAUCAUAGUCAUCCCGAUCUUGCAACAUCAUAUUACAGCCUCGGAAUGGUAUAUGAUGAUCAGGGCAAGUAUGAGGAAGCUCUUAAAAAGUUUAACAAGUCACUUCAAAUUAGGCUAUCAAUUUUGAAGGAAGAUCAUCCUGAUAUUGCAAUAUUAUAUUAUAGCAUAGGAAAGGUGUAUGAAAACCAGUGCAAGCAUAAGGAUGCUCACGCUAUGUAUGAAAAGUUGUUUCAAAAUAUGCUAUCAGUUUUAGAUCAAAAUAAUUUCGAUGUUGCGAAAUUAUAUCACGCUAUAGUAAAGAUGCAUGAUGAUCCGGGCAAGCAUGAGAAAGCUCUUGCUAUGUGCAAGAAAUGGCGUGUAAUUAAAUCGCUUGAUUUUUCUUAA